AUGGAGCUCAAUGCAUGGCGCAGUGCAGUGUCUUACGGCGCGCAUUUCCAGUCUAUCCACCUAAAAGUGGCUGGAACUGAUGAAUCACAUGUAUCUGCAUCUCUUGCCCAAUGUUCGCCAUCUCCAUCGACCCAGGAAUUGCACCAGACCGGUCUUAAGACUGCAAACACCCAUCCCAACGAAGCUCCAAUUGUUUCACAGCUUCUAGAGGCUCGUACAGGCUUACAAACUGCUCAAAAUGAAUCUGAGUCAAUGCAGAAGACGACGGGCAUUACUGUGAUACAUCCUUUUGCCAGUGAAUGUCUUAAUAACGGUGAGCAGAUGGUACUGAACGUCGGUGGACCUGUGUGGGCUAUGGACUGGCUGCCGUCCCAGACAAGAGUCAAUCAAGCGCCUGUAACUGCUGAUAGUACUCAAUCUAAACAGAAGAAGGCUCGAGUGGUCUCUGCAGCUGGUAAAUCGCGUGCUACGAAGGCUCUGAGAUGCAAAGAAAACAUCAAAACAGAGACAUCACAAGACGCAGAUGGAGAGGCGACAGAAGCUUUAAAUGGUAGAGUGGACACAGAGGAAGUCAUUAAAUUAGAGUGGAAAUUCCUAGCAUUGGCGACACAUCCGCCCUGCCAAGUGGAAGAAGGAAAAGUGGUAAAAUCGACACCACCAGACCAUUAUUACGAUGUACCGGAGAGUGGGCGUAAUUUGAUCCAGAUCUGGGCGGUGCCGGUGCAACGACCCAUUACUGCUGGAGGAGGACAAUGUAUGAGAGGAAAGACUGCAAACCAGCAACUUGUGAAGCCACGGAUUGUGUAUGCAAUUGAUCACAAUAGUGGCGUUGCAUGGAACUUGCAAUGGUGCCCCUUGGUGAAAACAUUUCCCAAGGUGUGUCGUCGGGAAGAUUGUCUCGGUAUUUUGGCAGUGUGUUUUGGAGAUGGAAGCCUGAAAGUAUAUGAGAUUCCUGCAAUUUUGGAGGAAAGGUUACAGCCUAAGCUGGUCAAAGAAACAGAUUAUGUUGUGGAAAAGGACAUUAUCAUUGUGGUGGGCAAGUUACCACGUAUCAUGCAGUUGAGCGUGCAGUGGUCUCCACACAAUUGGAAUAUGCUUCUAACGGGUGCUUCUGACGGUUCUGUAUCGCUGUGGAAUAUUGAAACAGCUGUUAAAGAAAGUCGAAGCUUAAAAAUCAGGCAUGUACAACCAGCGCCUAUAGAGCCACAACGGCGUUUCCAGGACGCCGACACGAUUGGAAAGCAAGAGGCUUUUGACUGGGGUUGUGGAUGGGUUGCAAUCCGCGCCGUUGCUUGGUCUCCGUUUGACGAACACAUCUUCGCCACCACUGGCAAUGACUCCGUGUUCAAGGUAUGGGAUGUACGUGAGCCUCGCGUCUGCCUUCGGUCACACCGAAUACGCUCGACAUGGGGCCUUGCGCUUCAGUGGAUGGAUCAAACUUCAAUCCAGAUCUCUGGUGACCAAGGCUCCAUCUUUAUGUACGACAUAUUGAGUGGCAGCUACCAAAAGCUGCAUUUCCACCCGCAAAUAGACUCACCUGUGUGGGACCUGCAGUUCGCUCGGCGUGGUGCUGUGCCAUUACUUGUCUCAUCUUGCACAUCUGGCAGCAUUCGAGCAGCUCCAGCCAAAAAGCUAUAUCGUGCACCUCAGAAUUGCUUGGAAAUAUGCCGCCUCUCCGGCGAAAAGGACUCUAGCAUUGAUAAGUCGUUCAAGUCGUUAACAGUAUCGUUCGAGAAGCACUCUAUAUUGGGAAAUGCGGAUUCUGGAAGCCAAAAUACGAGGGAAUUCUGUGAGCGAGAUGCUGCUUUACACCGCCUCCGUCUAUCUUCCUGUACUGAAGGCGAUUAUCCGUGCUUCCUCGCUGCUGGGGGCCAUGCUGGACUUGUGAUUUUGCUUGAACUGCAGGAGGUGCUCGACACGUUGAUCACAAAUUUUUUCUUGCCACCAACGAAGAAGAUUGGUCGACCCAAGAAGAUAUUUGCAACAGUAGGUGGUCAUCACGUGCCGAAGAAGGGACCGAGCAAGCAGACUGGAGGCAGAACGAAAGGAAUGAUAAAUGCAGGACGAAAAGCAAGGACGCUUGGAAGUUUUGCCAAAGCUAAGGGGAUGCACACAGCUUUGAGCAAGUACAGGAAGAAGCCACCGAUUACUGACAAAGGCAAAGCCAAGGCGAAGCCACGCGCAAAAUCGCAACGAAAAUCUUUCAUACAGGAAGAUGGACAAGUGGAAUUGGAUAAUAGUGGUGAAGAGGAAGAGGAAGCCGAAUUCGACGAGGAAGACGAGGAAGAAGAGUCCGAUCUUUCUCUUGUGAUGGAAGACAGCUCAGAUGACGAUCGCAUUAGUGUCUCAGAUGAUGAUGAGGAAGGAGAGGCGAAGGCAAGUACAACUAAUGCAAACCCGGAAGAAGCUCGGUUGAUGAAGGAGUACCAAUUAGAUUUGUCGGAGGAGGACGCUUACUUGCUAGCUCUUCAGAUGUCAAAAGCCGCUGAUGCCUCGACUGCAUCUGUACCAGAGACCGGUACAGAUACACCAGGCUCGUUUCCAACUCCGGUAGUAGAGGAGAAGCUACAGCAGAAAGGUCUGAGCGCAAAAGCUAGCGCCACAGUAAAACGAAAAGCGAAAGCAACAAAGACGAAGACGAAGACGAUUGUCAGAACAAAAACAAAACCUACAGCGAAAUUAGAAACAUGUAAAAAGCGCGCAGGGCCCACCGGAACUAUGCCCGACACGGUAGCAGUACCCGUUGUUGCUGAAGCUAACCGUGAUACAAGUAUUGAAGCAAACGAAAAGAGUGAGAUGCAAUCUAAAGGCAGCGGCGAACCAGAGCCCAGCGCACCCCUCGUUGUUGCAUCCACUUUGGCGACAGUAAACAAAGAGCACGUGGCUACAGAUGCCGAGUCGUCUGCUACGGUACCGAAGAAGAUAGAAAUGAAGUCGAAACAGCCGAACAAAGCGCUCGCAAAGAAAGCAAAAAGCUCGAGAUCGAAAAGGGAGAGCUCUAUGCUUCUUAAAGCAAUCAAUAAGACAACGGAUGUACAGGUGUACCAAAUGGGGAUGUCCGAGGAGGACGCGCUGAAGGAAGCGAUUCGACUGUCUGAAAGCGAUGGCAAACGUCGCUCUUCACGCGCUAAACAGUCCCCAUCUGAAUCAAUUGGUGGAGUGUUGCCAACGCCAACACAACCAAAACAGACCCCAGCUACCCCUCACACUAAGGGGCCUUUCCAGAUGAGGCAGAAGAAGGAGGAAGAACCAAAGGAGAAGGCACAAACAAGCGACACAGGCGUGGUUUCUGUAGACGAAGAUGCGCAGCGCCAAUGGCCGCAAACACCUCGCCGGCUGCAAUUUUCGCCUCAUAAUAGCAGUGAAAGUGGAGAUCAGGCGGGGGUCCCACCAACAAACAUUGACUGUGAAAAUUCUGCAGCAAAGUCAGCUCCACAUGAGAUUGAUGCAGCAGCAUCUACUGCAGUAGCGCCUGAGAAAGAGCCAUCUUCUAAAAACCCGCCAGGGCUAGAAGUGAAAAAACAAGUAAAAUCUACAAGUGCUGCACGCGUUCAGAAACAGCUUGUCACUGCGAAUGCUGCCGCUCCUGCAACUCCAGAAGGUGUCAAGUCAGCCAAGCGCCCAAAACGCACCGAGGUCAAGGCAGCUGGCCCAGCCAAAAAGCGCAAAAAGACAGCGACGACUUCACGAAAUGGACGUCGAAGCAGUAACGGAGCAGCACAUGGUGACAUCAUGUCCGAAGAGGACGCUUUCCUUCUAGCAUUGAAGAUGUCUGAGAUCGAGUAUUAG